AUGUCGUUUCAUCAGUUAGCAUUGGAUAGUGGUUACGGUAGCCCCAGUAAUUGUUUCUUACGAUGUAUGCAUUCAGCAGGCCAAAAUGUUAAUGGAAGGAAAAAGGAUGAAAAUGAUCCAAGUUAUAUUCAUUGUUUUUCUUUCAAGGCAAAUGAAGGUAAUCAAAAGAGAAAACUAAAAGUUUGUAGGAAACUUUCUUGGGAUUUGGAAGAAGUCGAGAAAUGUACAACUGCAGCAAAUUCAAUUAUUCAAAUCAAAGAUCAACGUAUUACAGCUACAAGAGAAAUUGGUGUCAAAUUAAUUGCUCUUGCUGAUGCAUUCGAUGCCGAAUUUUUUGGAAAUUUAAAUAUUUCGAAGAAAUAUAUGUGA